AUGAAUAACAGUAAUGUAACUCCAAAAGCUUUAAUGACAGUACUCUACACGAAUACUGUAAGUCUGAAAAACAGGUUUUCUCAAUCCUGGCCAGAAAAUGCUCCAGACAACCCACCCGCUCCAGUUGUACUUCAACAACAAGUGCGCCUACUUUUACUACAACAAUUGGGCCCUGAUGAUGUGGGUGACGGCAUCCGUCUUCUGUUUUCUGGCGUUAGUCUCCACAAUCUGGACCAUCUAUCAGGCCCACCAGUUGUGGAGCACUUUUGAGGAGCUCGAGCACUCUCUUAUCGAUUUUAUUGACGAGGUUUGUCCAUUUUUCAAACAUUCAGAUGAUCUGGAAAGUUUUGAUACCCAUAUUGCUCUAGUUUCGACACUUUUGGUUUUGAGCUCAUGAAUAGUUCAAUCGCUUUUAGACGUGCCAAAUCCUCCUGCCGCUCGGGAUCUGCAAGCAAAUCUGUCAUCCGCAUCACAUCGGAAACCUCAACGCCAACUACCCGUCGCACGGUCAAAAAUCCGAUUUCAAACCGGGAAAAAAAGAAAAUCGCUAUCCCGAAGACGUCACUUUUCCGCCGUCCGACAUUGAACGCGUCUAUGACGUCAUGGGAGGUUGGGGAACCGAAAUUUUUAACGGAAAUCUACAAUAUUUCUUUGCUUUUGAGACGAAGAAGCCCGAAAAUCGCGCAUUGAUGAGCUGAGAAGCGCCGAAUCGAUGUCGCAGAGCAUAAAGGAGAAGCCGAAAGAGUCGGAGCCCGUGAAACUGACGCCGUCUCGGGAACUCCAACUCCAGGCAACACCCACGCAGAGCCGUGAGCAAGUGAAUGUGCUCAGCAGAGAGCCACACAGUGAUAAGGUAGAUUUACGACUGAAAAUCUGAAAAUAAAAGGGAGAACUGACGAAAUUUGACAAUGUUCCAGAAAAAGCCGUCGAGCAGAGGCACCCAAAAAGCCACGUCGACACCGAAACAUUCGACCGAAACACCCAACAGAACUCCUUCGAGGGAAAAAUUCAAGAGCCGAGAAGCUGUGACGCCAAGAGAGGGAAUGAGCAGAGAGAAUCUGAACGAAAAAGUUGGUUUGAAGAGAAAACAUUAUUCCCGAAAUUUCCAAAAAAACAUUUCAAACCUUAACAAAAUCGUGCAGAAAAAUCAGAACGUUGUUUGAAAGUGGAAUAAUCGUUUUUCCAGAAAAAUGCAAAAAUGUCGACGGAAGCGUUCAAGAGCCGUGAGCCGAGCCGAGAGAGUGCGAAUCCUAAGUCGAUCGAAAACAGAAAAAGUGUGGCGAACGAGAAGGCGUCCUUGGAGUCGACCGGCGCCGGAAGAGCACUGAGCAAGGAGAGCGUCGAAUCUACGCAGCAAAACAAUAAUACUGGAAACUAG